AUUAGUCGAGCACUGUGUGUACUUCGGCCAACUUCGGCCGGGUAGAGGAAGCUUGUUUGCGUCGCUGCUCCUCGAUUCACUCUGGAUUCACAGACCGGGCUCAUGGAGUCGAGGAAGCUCCUGCGCGUGAAAAGGAUGUCCGCGGAAUCGAGAAAGAGCCUGUCGACGUGGCAGCAGUGCGACAAAUGCCGAUGCACUCUGACGCAAAGGGACGUUUCCCUGCACGAGGCAAAGUGCCCGCCCUCCACAGAGAAUUGGGACUAUCCGUUCGUCCACAACGGCGUUUUGUACAGCACGACGGAAGUCUUCCCGACGAAAGAAUUACCCAAACGCAUCUCCGAGAGGGACGCUAAUGACAUGGUGUUUAUGACGCAGUUUGCCAUGGAACUGUGCGACAUUGCGAUCGGCUCGCCGUGCGUAGUCGCGACGUGGGACGAGGUGGUUGUCAGGACAGCCUGGCCGACUGACGAGAAGAGUCUGACGAGUGUUUCCUUAACGAAGCACGCCAUUGAGCUGAAUAAUCUGUCGGGAUUGGUCAAGGUAUGUCCCUUGACGUCCGACGUCCGCGUCGCCAAGGAAAUUGUAAUUAGCCAGCAGGGAAAGCGCCUGGUGUCCGACGUAAGCGUAGAACUGGACAAUAUCCUGAAAUACUGCAACGAGCACAAGAUAUUCACCGUGGGAAACAGGAUAAGCGUGUCGUAUUACGGAAAGAAGUUGACGUAUAAAAUUGUCGAGAUCAAGGCGGAGGUAAACAAGGGGGAGCAAACCGAGGCGGCGGAUGGCAACGAUCUAUCGAAAGCGUUCGCAGAUAUAAAUCUGACCAGCUCUUCUGUCAAAGUAGCCUUUUACAAGGCGCUGUACACGACGAAGUGGACAAUCCUGGACACGGAUAAAAACAAAGAGAAUGCCCCAAAGAAGAGGUACAAGGCUGAAGAUAUCGGCGGAUACGACGCUCUCAUGUCCGACUUGAGAGACGUGAUCGCGAUAGGCAUUGGCAGACACAGGAGCAUCAUCGAGCGUUUCAACGUCAGCAAAGGGAUACUCUUGUACGGACCGUCCGGCGUCGGUAAAUCCAUGAUAGCCGACGCUGUGAUCGCGGAGUAUAACGUCAGCACGUUCACCGUGCACAGCUCGGACGUUUACAGCAAGCUGAUCGGCGAGACGGAGGGUAAGCUCAAGGAGACGUUCAGCAAAGCGAUAUCGAGCGCGCCUAGUAUAAUAUUGCUGGAGGACGUGGACAGUCUGUGCCCGAAGAGGAACAGCUCCAGCACGAGCCAGGAGAAGAGAGUCCUCGCGCAAUUGGUGGCGCUCUUCGACGAUCUGCAGAGCACCGGCGGCGACGUGCUGGUAGUGGCCACCACCGCCAAGCCGGACUUCGUGGACGACUCCCUGAGGAGGCCCGGCAGACUCGACAUGGAGUUCGAGAUUUACGUGCCGACCCCAAACAUGCGCGCGGAGAUACUGGCCAAGUUACUCGCCAAGAUCCCCAAUACGCUCUCGCCCGAGGAUGUGCAGAGUAUCUCGUCCGUCACGCACGGCUUCGUGGGCGCGGACCUGUACGGUCUGUGCUCCAGGGCGAUAGUCGGCGCGGUGAAACGCCAUGAGAAAGACGAGGCCACGUCCGACGGGGAGCCGAGGGUGACGAUGGCCGAUUUCAGCUGCGCUCUGACUACGACGAAGCCCUCGGCCAUGAAGGAGGUUUUGGUGGAGGUGCCGAAUGUGAGGUGGUCGGACAUCGGCGGGGGAAAGGACUUGAAGCGCAAACUGCAGCAAGCCGUGGAGUGGCCGCUCAAGCAUCCCGAGGUGUUCGUGAAGAUGGGCAUCACGCCUCCCAGAGGCCUCUUGAUGUUCGGGCCACCGGGAUGCUCCAAGACCAUGGUCGCGAAGGCUCUCGCCACCGAGAGCGAAGUUAACUUUCUGAACAUUAAGGGCCCGGAGCUAUUCUCGAAGUGGGUGGGCGAGUCCGAGAAGGCUGUGAGAGAGGUGUUUCGGAAAGCGAGGCAGGUCGCGCCGUCCAUCGUAUUCAUCGACGAGAUAGAUGCGCUGGGCGGUGAGAGAGCCUCGUCCUCCGGUGGUAGCGGCAGCAACGUGCAGGAACGAGUGUUGGCCCAGUUGCUGACCGAGCUUGAUGGCGUUACCGCUUUAGGUAGCGUCACGCUGGUGGCGGCCACUAAUCGACCGGACAAAAUUGACAACGCGCUUCUACGGCCUGGACGAUUAGACCGUAUCAUAUACGUGGGGCUGCCGGACGAGGAGACCAGGCGAGAAAUAUUCGACAUAAAAUUGCGAACUAUGCCGAUCGCGGAGGAAGUGAACAUCAUGGACCUGGUCUGCCUGACGGAAGGUUACACCGGCGCGGAAAUUCACGCGAUAUGCCACGAGGCUGCCAUGAAGGCAUUGGAAGAGGAUCUGGACGCCGCUAACGUUACCAAAGAACACUUCAUUGCUGCAUUUAAAGCCAUCGCUCCUAGAACACCCGCCUCCCUCAUCAAGAUUUACAAGGAAUACAUGAAUAAAACUUUAUGAACGUCAUAUUAAGACGCUGUACGAAUCUUAUAUAUUUUUACUGCGAGAUAAAGCGAUCGAAACAUCUUUUGGGUCUCAAAGAACGGGAGCGAGACGAGUCCGAUGGAUUUGGACUUGUAGAUUCGAUCGGCUAAUUAAUUGAUUGAAAGUUAAGAUGCUCACAAAAUGGAGACUUUUCCUUGAAUUUACAGAUUGUACGCUACAAUUUUUAUUCUUAUUGCAUUUUUAUCUUGUACGUAUGCUUCAUUCCCCUUCAAGUCCGGUCAACGCGUUUGUUUAUUCGCUGAAAACUUAUAUGACACGCGCACGCAUCUUGAUCAGAUUUGCGAUGUAUAAUAUGUACGAUAUACGACGUUUUAAAUACAUGAUUUAUUUCCUCGACGA